AAUAAGACCAUCGUCAUGUAUGCGAAGGUGCAAAUGUUUGUGCCGCUGGUACUGCUGGCAAUGGUGGCGGUACACGGCGGGUCUGCUUCCGACGCAAAAAUUGCGUCUCCUUCUUCGUUGUCUCAGCAGCAGGACUGCACAGCCGUUGCAAAAGAUGAAGAGACGAUGCUCGUAUUUUCUACGCUCGGCGGUGGAUUGACCGCAAUAGAUCCGCUGACGGGUGAAACGCGCUGGUCCAUUGCCGACGAACCGGCGAUCCGUGUACCGACACCAUCCGACACGUCCGCCCACUAUCUGCCCGAUCCACGGGACGGCAGUCUGUAUCGCAUGAACGGGCUCGAGGGAGGUUUGAAAAAGCUGCCGUACACCAUACCUCAGCUGGUGGCCAGUGCACCGUGCCGUUCGAGCGAUGGCAUACUGUAUUCCGGCAAGAAGAGUGAUGUUUGGUUCUUGAUCGAUCCCAAGACGGGUCAGCGGGAAAAGGUGCUCGGAUUUGGUGGUGCACCACCGUCAGCGAAAGAUGCCGGACCAGACUCGAUUGGUUGGGCAACGUCCCGUGCGGUGUAUCUGGGCCGUACACAGUACACCGUCAUGAUGUACGACAGUCUCGCAACGGGCCGGAACAGUAAACCGUGGAAUGUAACGUUCUUUGACUAUUCGGCCCAUUCCAUGGCACCGGAACUAACGAAAGAGUACGAGUUUUUGCACCUUACCAGCAGCUCGUCCGGAUUAACGGCAACAUUUGAGCAAAACAAAGGAACACCCAUGUGGCAGAAGGAUCUUUCCAGUCCGGUUGUGGCGGUCUUUCUGCUGGGCUCUGAAGGAUUGCUUAGCGUACCGUUCCAAACCGUGUCGGACGAGGUGCUACAAGACAUAAAUGAGCGGGCAAAGAGUGGCAACUUUGACAACAUGAAGCUAUUUGAAACCGUUUAUAUUGGUGAAGCUGGGAACAAUCUGUACGCGAUACCUUCGCUGGUAGACAAGAAUACUGCCACAUUGCCAUCCGAACCGACGAUCAAUUUGCUAGGUGGACCGUUAAAGGGACGAUCGUCUUCGACGUUUGGUGAAAGUGGGCAAGAAGAUGCUUCCGGUCGGGAGCUCAUCUCAAAGGCAUCCCGUAUUGGUGGCAAGAAUGAAAACAUUAUUAUACUGGGACACUACCAAACACCGAAAACGGACGAUCGUAUCAAGCUGGACAUUGUACCGAGUGGCCCGGCAUCGAUGGGGAAAGAUUUCUGGAAGCAUCAGGAACUUUCCACCAUGCUAGUAGGAGGUCCUACCGGCUUGCCCAAGCUAAACGUUCCCAAAAACACUCACACAAUCGGUGUGCAGACAGAUGACGAACCGUCUAAGCCGGCCCUUGCGUACGGAGAAAAGAACGACACAAGCUCAACCAAGUUGCAGGGUAGCACGGAUCUUAUUCGAGCGUUGUUUGGUCGGAUGUACAUGGACACGAAGCUGUGGCUCGAUGCACAGCCGAACAAGUUGCCAACGAUGCUAAUGAUCGCGCUGUUCGGUUUGGUGAUCUUUGGGUUUUGGUACAUCCAUCUGCAGAUGAAAGCACUGCAGGAGCAAAGUCAAGGUGGUUCACAAUCGAGCAAUUCCAACAGGAGUGGAUCGAACGGAAGUGGUGGCAGUGGUGGCGGUAGUUACAGUGAACCGAUCGAUUUUGGUGAUGGCGAGAUGCGUGUGGGCAAGAUUAAUUUCAACACCCAGAAUGUGCUCGGCAAGGGAUGCGAAGGAACGUUUGUGUUUCGGGGUACGUUCGAGAAGCGGGAGGUAGCCGUGAAGCGCAUUCUACCGGGAUGCUUUACGUUGGCUGAUCGUGAAGUGACCCUGUUGCGUGAGAGCGAUACACACGAAAAUGUGGUACGAUAUUUCUGCACGGAACAGGAUCGUCAGUUCCGGUACAUUGCGGUCGAACUAUGUGCGGCAACACUUCAGGAUUACGUCGACGGUAAGGGCACAUCAACGGUGGUGGCUGCAAACAAAGUGACAGUCGGUUUGCUGCGUACCAAGAUCUCGGCCCUUGAUAUUCUUCGCCAAGCGACCAGCGGUUUGAUGCAUCUACAUUCCCUGAGCAUCGUUCAUCGGGACAUUAAACCGCAGAACAUUUUGCUCUCGUUGCCCGACAACAGACAACGGGUACGUGCGAUGAUAUCGGACUUUGGGCUGUGCAAAAAGCUAAACUAUGGGAAGGCGAGUUUCUCCCGCCGGUCCGGUGUGACCGGUACGGAUGGAUGGAUCGCACCGGAAAUGCAACGUGGCCAGCGUGCAACUACCUCGGUGGACAUCUUUUCGCUUGGCUGCGUGUUCUAUUACGUCCUGUCGGAUGGGUUCCAUCCGUUCGGGGACAAUCUCAAGCGACAGGCAAACAUCCUGUCGAACGAGUACGAUCUCGGCAUGUUGCGAAGGGAAAACACGCAACCCGACUGUCGCACGAUACUGGCGGAAGAAAUCGUUAGUGAUAUGAUACAGGCCGAUCCGGGCCUAAGGCCCAGCGCAAAGACGGUGGCGAAUCAUCCGUUGUUUUGGAAAAAUGAGCGAAUACUUGCCUUUCUGCAGGAUGUAAGCGAUCGGGUGGAAAAGCUCGAAGUGAUGACUGAACCAUUACGAUCGCUGGAGAAAAAUGCACGCUUUGUCGUGCGGGAAGAUUGGAGCAAAUAUUUGGAUGCGGAAAUAACGGCCGAUUUGCGAAAGUUCCGUGGCUACCAGGGAUACAGUGUGCGAGAUCUUUUGCGGGCAUUAAGAAAUAAGAAACAUCACUACCAUGAACUAACACCAUCCAUGCAGCGAGCAUUGGGCACGAUUCCCCAUCAAUUUACCCAAUACUGGAUCAGUCGGUUUCCCCGUUUGCUUUCACACAGCUAUCACGCACUUUCGGAUAGCUCGCGAGAACCAAUUUUUAGGCAUUAUUACAAUGAUGAUGAUGAUGCGGAACACGCCGCGACCGGGGGUUCAGUACCUUCCCAGUCCAAUGGGUACAAAUUUACUAAACCGCACUAUUUCAGUCAGGAAGAGAAUGAUAAUUACGAACUAAUCCGCUACUAUGAAACAGCACAAUUAAUGAAAAAUAGCACAAAAAGUCCAAAACGUCGACCAGCUGCUGGGCCAGAUGGACAGGAAGGAACGACGCCAGGGGACCGAAAACUUGGGACCGGAGUAUCAAGCAAGCGUGGAACUUAUAAUUUUAGUAAAUCUAGUGCUGGAGGAUUCAUAACCCGACAGCAAAUGCGCGAGUCAGUUGAGUCUGGCGAUCAGCAGCAGCGACCAGCGCUAGUAAAUAGCAUCACUAGCAAUGGAACGAAAGAAACGAGAAAUGGCGAAGAUAGUGCUGCUAAUCAGAGGAGACGAUACACUCCCGGCAGUGGUGAACAAGAUAAUCAACAUCAUACAGUCAACCAAACUAACGUAAGACGGCGUGAGGUGCCAACGAAAGUGACGUGGAAUUUAGAUGCAAUGGUAGCACGGAAAGAGGACCAGCAAUGA